GCUUGUGGCUGGCAUGAUGAUACGCCCGAAUCCAACGGGCCAGUCGUCGUCCGCUGUUUAGCGCCGCAUCACUUCAGUCAAUCGCGCGCCCCAAACCCAAGAGCCUCACGAUGGCCGAGAAAAAAGUUAUAAAUUUUGGGGCGGGGCCGGCCAAGCUUCCCGAAGAGGUAAUGUUGGAGGUACAGAAGAACUUGGUCCACUAUGGUAACUCUGGGAUAAGUGUGAUGGAGAUGAGCCACCGAAGCGCAGACUACAGUAACAUCAAUGACCAGGCACAACAGUCCAUCCGAGACUUAUUGAAUGUACCCCAAAAUUACAAGAUAAUUUUCCUUCAGGGAGGAGGCACAGGACUUUUUGCUGCAGUUGCAUUAAACCUCAUGGGGCGCACUGGUUCAGCAGAUUAUUUAGUUACUGGAUCAUGGUCAGCAAAAGCAGCUAAAGAGGCAGCUAAGUAUGGCAAAGUUAAUCUCGUCUUUCCUAAAGUAGACAAAUAUACAGAGAUUCCCCCAGCGUCAACAUGGAAGUUCAGCUCAGAUGCCUCCUAUGUAUACUACUGUGAUAAUGAAACAGUACAUGGCAUUGAGUUUCCUGAAAUUCCUGACACCAAAGGAGUGCCUCUUGUUGCUGAUAUGUCUUCAAAUUUCUUAUCAAGGAAAUUUGACAUUACUAAGUUUGGAGUUGUAUUUGCUGGAGCACAGAAGAAUGUUGGACCAGCAGGAGUUACUGUGGUUAUUGUACGUGAAGAUCUCCUGGGAUCACCUCUUCCUGUCUGCCCUAUUAUUCUUGACUUUACAAUCAAUGCAAAGGAUAAUUCCCUUCAUAAUACUCCACCCUGUUUUGCAAUUUAUGUUAUGUCAAGAGUCUUUGAAUGGAUAAAGAGAAAAGGUGGUGUAAGUGCUAUGGAGAGUGCUGCCCAAAAGAAGAGUAAACUUCUCUAUGAUUUCAUUGAUUCAUCAAAUGGAUUUUACACAAGUACAGUUAAGCCUGCAUAUCGCAGCCACAUGAACGCACCUUUCCGAAUUGGAGGAAAUGGAGCUGGUGACGAAACUCUUGAGGCAGCUUUCUUAAAGGGGGCUGCUGCUAAUGGCAUGAUUCAACUUAAAGGACACAGAUUAGUGGGUGGCAUUCGUGCAUCCAUCUACAACGCUGUCACUCUGGAAGAAACUGAAACGCUCAUCAAAUACAUGAAAACUUUCCUUGAGCAGAACAAAAAAUGAGUCAGGAUGCUUAUAAAUGGCUACAUUUGAAAAAUGAGCUGCGUCCAAAAAUAGCGAAGCAGCUGCAACAGGCUCACUUUUUACAUUCCCUUAAAAUUAAGACUGUUACUUUGGUGCCAUAACUCUACAAUAACAUUACUAGAAAUGACGUUUUAUUUUGACCUAAAACUGUGCAAUUCAUUAAAGAAAUAAACUACUUUAAUCA